AUGGAAAGGCAUAAUACAGUUAGUUAUUUGAAGCAAGGAGACUUGAUGCUUGGAGGAAUCUUUACGAUACAUUGGUAUGACAAAGAAGAUAAUUCUUGCACGCAAAUACGCCCACUGAGAGAGAUGUUCCGUGUGGAGGCCAUGGCAUAUGCAAUUGAUCAAAUCAAUAAACGCAAUGAUGUGUUACCAGGGUAUACGAUGGGUUUUCAGAUACUAGAUGACUGUGGAACUGAAGCAUCAUCCCUAGCAGCUGUACUUCACUUCGUGCCUGGAGACAUCCAUAAGGAUCCCAAAUUGGACGAGUGUGAGUGCCCUGGUCUUGAAGAUAAAACAAAAAUAAUUGGCAUUAUAGGACCGCCUCUCAGUACAAAUGCAAUCCCUACUAGCAAAUUAUUACAUUUGUUCCACAAGCCUCAAAUUAGCCACGCAGCCACGAGUGAUGAACUAAGUAACAAAGACAUACAUACUUACUUCCUAAGAACAGUACCACCAGAGAGUCAGCGGACACUGGCUAUAGUUGAAUUACUUCUUCAGUUCAACUGGACUUAUAUUUUUACCUUGAAUUCUGCAGAAAACUAUGGCAGAAACGCAAUCAGUAACUUCACCACGGAUGCAAUAAAUCAUCAUAUUUGUAUUGCUGCAAGAUUGGAGAUCUCUUCGAGCGUCAACACUGACGACGAUGUUGAUAAGUUGGUUUCAGGUAUGAUUAGUAAUCCCCAUGCUCGUGUGGUCGUCAUGUUUUCAUUGACCAGAGAAGCAGAUAUGCUGUUUGCAGCGUUGAAGAGAGCAAAUGCUGAUAAAAUGUUCACUUUCAUCACUACUGAUCGCGAAGCACUUGAUCUCGGACAAGAUGGCCAUGCAUCUGCUGCAUCUGGAGGUUUAUUUGUAGGAACAAUUAAGAAGGCAGUGGAUGGACUUGAAGAACAUUUUAAUUCUUUUAGUCCUAAAGACCACAUAGAAAAUCCUUGGUUCCUAGAAUAUUACAGCCACUACUUCAAUUGUAGUGACAGAACUUCAAAUUGCAAUGAUAGUUUCCAUAUUCGGGAGAGUCGGACAUAUGCUGCUAGCGUAGUUGAUGCGGUGUAUGCCUAUGCUGGGGCUUUACAUAGAAUGCAGAAUGAGUCUUGUCAAGACAACAAUUGCGAUAAAUUCAUGGAGGACGCUAUGAAUGGUGACAAAUUACUGCGAUAUCUCCUGAACAACACAUUUGAUGGAGUCAAUGGAAAAACACGAUUUAACAGUAGAGGUGAUAUUGUAGCACAACAUCCUCUCUUUGUCCUACAAUUUGUAAAUGACAAGUAUGAACUAGUGAAUGUCGGAAAUGUUGAUACCGUCAAUCACGUAGUAAAUAUUAAUGGAAGCAUUAAUUGGAAUACAGGACAUUCUCCACCAGAGUCUCGUUGCGGAGAACCUUGCCAACCAGGUGAGGUAGCUACAUUUCGGAAAGAUGGAUGUUGCUGGGACUGUUGGACAUGUUAUGCGAACGAAAUUGUAAAUGAAAAUAGUUCAAAGUGUAUCGAGUGUGAUGAAGGUUUCUGGCCGAAUAAAGAUAUCACUACCUGUGAAAAAAUAUUACCAACUCAUCUACAAUGGACGAGUGGUGUGGCUAUAUGUCUUUUGACUUUUGCCACCUUCGGAGAAUGUGUUGUUGUCUUCAUUAUUGUAUACUAUAUAAAAUAUCGACGACAUUUGGUAAUCAAGGCAUCCAGUCGAGAGCUCUCUGCCAUUUUAUUAUGUGGCAUAUCAGUGUCUUUUGGAAUAAUAUUCAGCUUUAUUGCUAAACCUAGUGUUAGUUCGUGUUUUGUGAACCGUUUGGGGUUUAUGCUUUGCUUCACUAUAAUAUAUGCACCAAUUUUGUCUAGGGCAAACAGGAUAUAUCGCAUUUUCUCUGCAGCAAGUAAUUCAGCAAAACCACCAGUGAUGAUUAGUCCCUGUUCACAAGUUGUGUUAACUCUAUUACUGAUACUUGGACAGUUAGUGAUUACCUUGAUCUGGGUAAUGUUGAGGCCCCCAGGACCAGUUGAAAUGGUGCCAGUGAGGACACAGAAGAGAGUGGAACUAAGCUGUAAUAUAACAGAGGGUGAAAUGAUUUCAUCUGUUUGUUAUAAUCUUCUUCUUCUCAUUAUGUGUUGUUUUUAUGCUUUUAAAACUCGUAAUGUUCCUGACAAUUACAACGAGACCCGUCACAUAGGGUGGACUGUCUACACAGUUUUGGUAAUUUGGUUGGCGUUUAUUCCCACAUAUUUUGCCAUUAAGGAUGCCAUUUUAAAAGUGGUUAUAUUGUCCAUGGCUAUUAUUAUCAACGCUUGGGACAACCUACUGUUUAUGUUCUUACCGAAAAUUCUUACCGUAACACGGACGACUACAGCAGCUCCAUCCAACGCGACAGCGCCACCAACGUCAGCCAUGGUCUCGGGAAGCGGCUGA